CGAUAGCAGCUCUGCUCUUCUUCCAAGUGCUCCUUGAACGACGACGGUAUCAAAUUUCCCCAACAAUUCCAAUUCAAUUGAUGCACAAUCAUGAUAGAAGCUUGGUUCUAGCUCUAAUUACCAUUUCUUGAGUCGGGACUUCGUCUUUGUCUUGGAUCACUCACUUCGAAAGCCCGUCAACAACUACCUACCUUCAUCUAACCAACAUGCAGUCCCACCUCACCAGAAGGGUCUUCUGGGCCAUUCUGAACAAUGAGCCGCUACACUCGUCGAGAUGUCACAACAGGCUACUACAUACUACUGCUCCGGCGCAUCGAGCCCGAAUACUAGGCGUAUCGAAUUCCCAGCAUGUCCAGCGACGUGGUUUCUUCGCGUUUAAUGUCUCGCAACCGUCCGGUGAGAAAUCUUCGACUUUGCCCUCAGAGACAGGCUUAAAGCCGAUGAGGGAUCUCAUGAAAGCAAUGGCGCAUAAGAAUAGAGGGCCUCCAAACGAUGUUCUGGCGAGGGCAUUUCGGGAGUUCUUUGUGGCACGAGCAGAAGCUCCGGGUUUCAUUACGGGUUUCCAGGCCCGCAUGCUGAUUCUGACGUGGAAGCACUUGAAGGCUCAGCAGGACGAGUUGGAACCCGAAGAAUGGCAGGCAGUCUAUUCCACCGAAAAUCUCGAAAAUGUCCUAUUCGUUCUGUCAGAGGCAACAUGUUUACCGGAGUCGCGCGAUGCAAUCCUCAAGAUCGCCCGUUUCGCUUUCCUAGAACUCCGUGCGGAUCAUGGAUUUGGCACCAAUACUAUCAGCAGACCCGCAAUCAUUUCUUAUAUCAACCUUCAAGCACUGAACGGCAACCCUGAGGAAGCGCGGCACAUUGUCCAUAAGUUUUGGAGCAGACUGCGCAAGACAAAGCCUUCUCCAUUCCUCGCAGUCAUGAAAGGAUUCGCUAUGAAUGGAGAUAAGCGUCAACUCAAGCGUGUUACGGAAGAUUUAGAAAAACACGGCAGAAAGUUCGACUGCAGGUCUCAUGAAGAACUGACUAUAAUGCUUAUUGACCAUGAUCUCCUUGAUGCAGCUAAAACAAUUUAUGAGUUUCCAAUUUCGGACAGCCAAGAACCUUCUCUUGCGGCAAAGAUGGCGGUGGCACGAUAUGCAAUUUUCAAAUCUGAACUCUCCUGGGUAAAACCAAUUGUCGAAUCCCUUUCUCAGCAUCCCAGUCCGGAUAUCAUGAAUAUCAUCCUGCUCUGGGAAGCAGCAAAUGGCAAAGAUGCAACUGGGAUUUCAGAGAAAGUCAAAUCAUGGAUGGCAGAGAAUCGAACGACCGAAUCGCCGCUUACCAUUUCGUGCGUGAAUGACCUCAUUGGGUUUGCCAAUUCUAUCAAGGAUCCUCGUCUCGCCGCUGAGUUCUCUGCAUUAGUUCCCCAAUGGGGACUGGAGGCAAAUAACCAGACGCUUAUAUUGCAACUGGGAAGUCUUGUUCAGGCUGGUGACGUUGAUGGAACGCUGGAAUUCUUGCAGGGCUUGCCUGAACUCGAUUUAAUGGCAACUGAUAAUAUUCCGUUGAUGAAUCAGCUAGUUGCGAUGCUUUGCAUGUCAAAGCAGGAUGAUGCGCUGUUCGAUCAGGUCUCAUUACUCCUUGAUCCAUUUUUUGAAAGCAACGUGCGCUUGGAAGCAAGUACAAUUGCCGCCUUGACGCAUAUGCUCCUCUACCGCCACGACUGGGAAGCUGUUUCAGAACUACUGCGCCCACGCCUAGGCUCGUACGACACGGAGGAAAGGACCAAAAUUCGGGAUGCCCUUACUGGAUUUAUCCUAGACCCCAACCAGACAGACACGGAUGUUUGGGAGGUAUAUGGUCUUUUGCGAAUUGCGUUUCCGGAGACAGGUGUGAGCAUGCGAACUGACAUAAUGAACUCCUUUUUCGACCGGGGAAAGAAUGAUCUGGCCUGUCUGGUUUUUGGACAUAUGCGCCAAGCAGAAGAUUUCCAGCAACGACCGAAACCAGACACUUACGCCAGAUGCUUCCAAGGAAUCUCUCGUACCGGUGAUGCCAAGAACCUUGAGCUUAUUCACAACAUGCUCAAGUUGGAUGCCGAAGUCAACCUCAACACUCGGGUCCUGAAUGGGUUGAUGUUGGCCUACGCGGCUUGCGAGAUGGCGGAGAUGAGCAUGGAGGUAUUCCGCGACAUUCUCCAAACGGAGGAAGGGCCCUCGCACAAGACCAUUGCGAUAUUCUUUAAGGUCUGCGAGAAGCAUCACAACGGUGCUCAGGAAGCGAUGAAAAUGAUGAAAAAGGUCAAGAUCCUCGAGAUUGAUGUUGACCGUCGGCUGUACAUGUCGUACGUGGAAGCAUUAGCCGCGCAGUGCGAAUUUAACAUGGCCGCGGAGGCUAUCGACAACAUGCAGGCUGAAACUGGCUACACACCGACACGCAAUACAAUCGGUCUGUUUUACAACACAAUCCCCUAUCAGUACUGGAAGGAUGAAGUCGAGAAAUGGGCCAAAGUCAAGUACGCCGAACAGUGGACACAGCUGGAGGAAUUGGAGCGGUCGGAACAUGAGGAAGGGCAGAAGUUCAAUGGCAUCGUCAAUGAAGUUUUUGUAUAGGACGAUUAUUGACUAUCUAAACGAUUGUAUAUAUUGUAUUGUAUGUGAUGAUGUCGUCUAUUUGUCUAUAUACCAAUCCAACUUAAAUCUACAUAUGUAUUCAACCAGAAUUAG